AUGGAGACCCUCAUUCACAGCCAGCGAUUAACCCUCCUCCGCCUAACAGACACCUCAUCAAUUUCCUCACCACACGUUCGUCUCUUCCAUGAAAACUGGUCCAACCACGAUGCCACAGGAUGGAGUCUCCAUGGACCCACGCACUCCUUGGAAGAAAGCUAUGAAUGGAUGAAAGAACAACUAGCACCAUCACCAGGAAACGAUAGCAUGUUCUACUCUGUGUUUGCAACACCCAGCCCUUCGGCUUCGACUUUGAAAAGCAACGAUGGUGAGGUUGGCGACGAAACUGGCUUAGGGGAGCACGUAGGCAGUGUAAGCCUUCGUCUUCAGCCCAGCGGUCCCUCCAUCCCUCUUCCGCCUCCAUCCUCGGAACACCCACACUCAUCAACAGAGAGCAUGAGGGCAUUAGGAUACGCCUUCUUUCCCUCAGCACGAGGCAAGGGAUAUGCGACGGAAGCGGGUCACGCGUUGUUGAACGCUUAUACUGCUUUUGUGUCUUCGUCGUCGGUAACACAAAACAACAGCCCAGAAGGACAUAGGAUAGAGAAAGCAUAUGUUGAAGCAGCAGUAGACGAGGACAAUCCUGGUAGCAUCAAAGUACUGGAGAAACUCGGAUUUAAGAAGCUGGGUUGGAAGCAUGAGGAGGAGAAGGUGUUUCUGAAUGGAGCAUGGAGAGGACCUGGGUACUGGGUGUAUGGCCUGUUUGUUUGA